GGCUUGGCUUCUAUUUAAGGAAAGCUGAAGAUGCAUUGUUCAGGAAUCAGUGGAUGCAUUCUCCCAAAUCAGACAGUACAAAAGAGAGGAAAGAAAACACAAACCCACCAAACAGAAAGGAAUUGAUGAGAGCAUAGAGAGGAGAGGGGAAGGAGAAGCACAAAAAAAGCUGACUUUAAAGCUUUAGAAUAGGAAGUUUGCUUCUGAAUGAAACAAUGGAUGCCCACAAAAGGUUAACAUCACAUCUUCAAGCAACCAAACCAAAUGCCUUCCCAUGUACCCUGUUCCCAUUCAUAUAAGGAAAGCAUUCCUGCCAAAUACAGCAAAAGGGAAGGAAGAGGGCUGAAAUAGGAUUAAAAGAAAGAGAGCCUCUCAAUCUCUGUCUCUCUAUCUUUCUCUUGUUCCUGUUUCUGGUAGAGCAGAGGAAAACCCAGAAAAAUGGAGGCAUUCAUGUUGCAGAACCUCUUCAAUGGAGGCAGAGAAGCCCAAAUCCAAGCUGCCUCCGAGAUGGUCAAACUCAGCAGCAAACUGAGGCAGAAGUUAGUGGAAGGUGGAGUCAUUCUCCCUUUGAUCACCAUGCUUCAGUCUCAGGACUAUGAAUCCAUCCAAGCUUCACUCUUUGCAUUGCUCACCCUUGCCUUUGGCAGUGAAAGGAACAAACGAAGGAUGGUGAAAUCAGGCGUGGUAGAUGUGCUACUCCACCUCCUCCAAUGGCAGGAAGAGUCAUUGACAGAGCUAACAGUAGCAGCUCUACUCAUCCUCUCCUCUUGCGGGCCAAACAAGCCACUCAUCGCAUCAUCAGGAGCCAUCCAAAUCCUAGUCGAUUCAAUCCCCAUUCUAACCACCACCCAAUCAAAGCUCGACACUUUGACCACACUCCACAAUCUCUCCACCUGCAACCAGGCAAUCCCACACCUCGUCUCAUCAGGGCUAGUCCCCACAUUGCUCCAACUCCUAACCCAACAUUCUUCCUACCCAAUUCAACCAGAGCUGGCGGACAAGGCAAUGGCGCUGCUGGAAGCCGUCGCGAUCUCGUCGGAGAGGGCCGUGGCCCAGGCCGCCGGAGGGAUACGGGUGCUGGUGGAGAUGGUGGAGGAAGGCAGCCCACAGGGGAAAGAACAUGCCGUUGGGGUGCUGGUGCUGAUUUGCCAGAGCUCGAGGGAGAAGUACAGAGGGUUGAUCCUGAUGGAAGGCGCCAUGCCCGGUUUGCUGCAGCUGAGCAUUGAUGGGAGCUGGAGGGCGAGGGGUUUGGCUCAGGAGCUGCUGAUGAUGCUUCGAGGGGAUUGCGAUGGUGGGUCGAGAGGGAAGCAGUGGAAGCAGGAGAUGGUGGAGAGGGUGAUGCAGGAGAUCGAUGCUGCGGAAGGGGAGGAGGAGGAAGUAUUCAUGGGGAGUGGUGGAAGUAGUACGCUGAGAUUGGUGGAAGAGAUGAUUGCGAAGCUGAGUACCUGAUUUUGGUUUAGAUUUUGGGAUUAGGGUUCUUACUUCUUAGGGAAUUGGGGUUCCAGCUUUUGUACAUAAAAAAAAACAGAGAUUGAUUCGAUUGGGUCUUUUAGGAGCGGAGAAGAGAUGAUUGCUAAAUGCUAACCAGAGAGCUAGAUAAUGUACUCUUCCCAGGCCCGAGAAAAUAUCAAUGGAUACCUUCAUUUCACUAGACUUUAUCAUAAUGCAC